AGCUUUGUUGACAUCUGCUCUAGAUUCCUUUUAUCAAACUGACUGGAAGCCAGUCUCACUUUCUUCUCUCUCUCUCUACAUUCUCUGUUUUUCUCUCCUUUUUUUGCGUGAUGGAUCUGUCACCUCUGGGGCAGCGUAAUGGCGAGAAAGUAAGCGUGAACGUCCCAGGACCGACUUUGACCUUCCAGAACAUCUCUUAUGCUGUGAGAGACUCCCGGGGGCCGUGUCGCAAGAGAGCACCUGAGAGAGAGAUCCUGAAAAAUGUCAGCGGCAUCAUGAAGACAGGACUGAACGCCAUCAUGGGUGCGACAGGAAGCGGCAAAACCUCACUUUUGGACGUGAUCGCUGGAAGGAAGGAUCCUCGUGGCUUACGAUCGGGUCAGGUGUUGGUCGAUAACAAGGUUGUCACUUCUGAACUGCGUCUUAUCUCAGCUUACGUUGUUCAGGACGACAUCCUGAUGGGCACGCUGUCCGUCCGCGAGAACCUCAUGUUCUCCGGACACUUGCGCUUGCCACGCCAUCAAUACUCCACCGCCGAGAAAGAAAAGAAAGUGACGAGCGUUCUCCGCGAGCUGGGCCUGGAGGACUGCGCCGACACGAAGAUUGGUACUGAGUUUCUGAGAGGUGUGUCUGGAGGAGAGCGGAAGCGUUGUAGCAUAGGAAUGGAACUGAUGACUUCUCCAUCGCUCCUUUUCCUAGACGAGCCGACGACCGGACUCGACUCCAACACGGCUAACAGCAUCGUAGCUCUGCUGCACAGUCUGUCCCGUAGCGGCAAGACCGUCAUUUUCUCCAUCCACCAGCCGCGUUAUUCCAUCUUCAGACUCUUCGACCACCUGACUCUGCUCCACAAAGGAGAGUGUGUCUACGCCGGUCCUGCGAACGAAACCAUUCAGUACUUUAAUGACAUGGGCUAUGAGUGCGAGGCGUUCAACAAUCCUGCAGAUUUCUUCCUGGACAUCAUGAACGGGGAAGUUUCGCCUUCGGUGCCGACGGAUAAAUCCCUGGCGGAGCUUUAUGGCGAUUCUCGGGAUCGUGCUGCUCUCACGGAGGAGCUGAAGCAGCUCACAGUUCUGUCUGAUUGCACAAGCACAGCGAAACAAUCAUCACCAUCUUAUGUAACGUCGUUCCUCUAUCAGUUAAACAUCGUGUCCAGGAGGACGGUGCUGAACUUAUUGAGGAAUCCGCAGACCUCCUAUGCACAGACGGCGCUGAACGUGCUGUUCGGAGUGCUGGUGGGACUCAUUUAUUUUCAGAUGCCUCACACGCUACCUGAAGCCCUGCAGAACAGAACCGGAGCGUUCUUCUUUCUCAUCAUCAACAUGGUGUUUGCAAACCUGUCAGCGGUGGAGCUCUUCAUUAAAGAGAGAGCGCUGUUCGUGCAUGAGAACUCGAGCGGCUAUUACCGAACCUCUGUGUACUUCCUGUCCAAAGUGUUUGUCGAUUUAAUACCAAACCGGAUGAUCCCCAUCUUCGUGUUCUCCGCCAUCUCUUAUUACAUGAUGGGGUUGAAGCCAGCGUUCGUGGCGUUCCUGUGUUUCUUCUUGACCAUGUCUCUGGUGAGUCUGGCGGCGGUCAGUCUGGCGUUCCUGGCCAGUGCCAGCGUGAGCUCCUUCGCCAUGGCCAACAUUUUCAUCGCGAUGCCCUUCGUCUUCAUGAUGGUAUUCGGCGGCUUCCUGGUGAAUCUGAACUCCAUGCUGAGCUGGCUGUCCUGGCUCAAGUGGCUCAGCAUCUUCCGCUACGGACUGAACGCUAUAACCAUCAACGAAAUGACAGGACAGGUGUUUUACGAUAACAGUACCAGGUUAACAGGAGAGAUGUACCUGGAGGCUCAGAGAAUCGACUACAGUGCUUGGGGGUUCUGGCAGAAUCACGUGGCUUUGUUGGGCAUGGUGGUGGUGUGUAUGACGCUGGCCUACGUGCAGCUGCUCAGGAUUAAUCGCUGGAAGUGACGGAAUUACGCCACGAGGAAAAGUAGAAAUAAAAGCUGAUCUUUUAUUAUCCAUCACUCGUCUCCACCAGCAUUCGACAAUCCACUCCGAUUCACACAUCACAUUUAAACCUAUCAAAAAGUUCCCUGUCUUUAUUUGUCAGUUUGGACAUCAGGCAUAAUUUCAACAUUUCACAAAUUGUGAAUCAUUGUGUGUUCUCAUCAUCAUCACCAUCAUCAUCAUCAUCACCAUCAUCAUCAUCAUCAUAAUCAUCAUCACCAUCAUCAUCAUCA